ACUACCCUUUUUUCCCCAUCAAAACAUCUAGACAGUGUCAAAAAUGAUUUAAUCCAAAUUUUCGUACAAACAAAUAAUCAAAAAAAUGCCCAAACCAAAAACGCAAUCGAGAUUAGUGAAGGCUCCAUCUCCAGUUCGCCCCAAUCGUCCUGGUCGCGUUAAAAAAAGUGAUUCUUCGCCAUCGCCGCCAUGCAGGACAAGUCUGCUAGAUCUGCCGGAGGACAUUAUCAGACUGGUUCUCCAGUUUCUGCCCAAGAUGACCGAUAAGGUUCUGCUGGCAUGUGUGGCGCCCAAGUUCCGAAUGGCCUUCGAGGGCUGGGCGAGAGUGCAACGAAAUGCUUUGGAUAUGGACAGCCUGGAGACGGUGCCUCUGCCGCAAUUGAUCAGGUUCUUUAAGGUGGCGGGGUCUUUUAUCAGAGUCCUUCAAGUCGACUGUGCGUCCUUCCAAAAGGAAUCCCUUCUGGUGGAGUUCGUAAAGGAAUACUGCCCCAAUCUGGAGGAGAUCAGUUACUCGAAUGCCACCGAUGAGUUUCACUACCGAUCGAUUAUGUCCAAAAUGACGCAUUUGAAACGGGUUACUAUUGAGUGUUUGGACGCAGAGGAUGUGCUCAACUUUGAUCUGCAGCCUAACCAGGAGCUCGAGUUUUUUGAACUGGUUAAUGGUUGCUAUACAGGCAAAAAUCUCUGCGGGUUUCCCAAUCUUAAAACUUUGGUUCUUCGAGACUGUCUGUUAUGGAACUCGCUGGAGUUUGGAAUACCCCUUAGGUCGUUGAACACUCUAGAUCUCGACGACUGUUGCUUUGAGGUUAUGAAUGAAAGUUUGUACCAGAAAAUUGCCGAGAGUUGCUCGAACUUGGUGGAACUCUUCUUCUCCGGCUGCGAUACCAACUUCGAGGUAAUUGGCCACCUGCCCAAGCUGGAGCGCUGCACUUUGAAGACCUGGAUGACCUCCAACGAGCUGAAUAUUGGCUUCCUCACUGUUUUGGCAGAAAAACGCGGAAACAAACUGACCCAUUUGCAUCUAUCGGGUCAGUUUCAGAUCACCAAUGAGCACGCCAGGUGUUUGGGACUGUUGAGUAGCCUCAAGGAUCUGCGGUUCAGCAACAACGAUAUCCUGGAUGAUGAUCACUUCAAGUUCUUCAACGAGCUCAUCCAGCUGGAGCGAUUCGGGCUGACUUCGUGCGGUCGGGUGAUGGACAUAGGAAUGAUGAGGAUGCUGCGAAAGUGUCUUCAGUUGAAAGUGAUUGAUUUGAACGACUGCGAGCAGAUCACCGACGAGUUUGUGAUCAACGCCAUGGGAUUCUGCUCCAAGGGAUCAGGUCGCGAUGUUUUGCUUAACGUAAAGGGAACCAAGAUCAGGCAGACUAUAUUAACGCAUCCGGACUACGUAGAUUCCUUGAAUCGUGUAAAGGUUAACUUUAAUUAAAACGACAAGGAUGCGAAAACAAUUUGAGAUGUUUCUUACGAAAGGAAGAUUGUGAGUAUUUUGUGAAUAUAUUUCCCAUAAGGAACCAUAGCUAUGAUGUCUGGACUAGGAAACAGCGAUUUAUACCUAAGACAAUAGGAUCCUCACUGGACUGAGUCAUGGUCCAGAGGCUGCCAUAAGGAAGUGGACAAUCGAAAUUUAUGAUCAUGCUCACACUGUGCUCCAUUAGCACGCCGAUUACUGCGGACAAGCGUGUGUGCUGCUGCUGCACUUUGGGCCUUUGGCUGUAAUACGACGAGUAACAAAGCUUGCCCCUCAAACGGCUAGCAAGCCAAACGAAUAAAAACAAAAUCAAACAAUACGAUAUUCGAUACAGUUCUGAAUCCGCGAUUCAAUUCGAUUCAAUUCGAUUCGAGCGAUCGAUCGCCGGCAAUAAAUUUCGUAUUCAAUUGCUGCUCUAUUGGAAGUGAACUGAACUUUGUUGCUUCGGCUGUUGAUGAUGUCUGUGUUAGCAGCAGGAAGCUAAAAAACCGCUCAGAUCAGCGGCCAGUUGGUUACACUUGGAAAAAAGAAAUUGCUUUAAAUUACACGCAGCAUUUUAAGAACUAACUCACUUGUAUUAUAAUAUUGCAGGUUAAGUCGUGUGAACUUAAACUCUAUUUCGAUCUAAAGAGUUUUAUAAUAUGUUAAGUGGAAUCAAUUAAAACUUAAGCAGAA